AUGCCACAAGGUGCCGAUAACACAAAUACCGACAUCCACCACAACAACAACAACAAGGCAGAUGCAGGCCUUUCCGACAAUACCUCCCCUACCCACUUCCAGGCUUUAACCAAUGCCCAACCACAACAACAACAACAACAACAACAAUCUAGAACUAUAGUUACAAAUAAAAAAACUUCUUCGCCCAAAACCCUACCUGCUACCUAUUGUACUAGUACACGUUCCGCAGCAGUCAUGGCUUUGGCCUUACGCAGUCAAACACCCCCCAGUCCACAGACAACACACAAAAAUUCACGUAACUAUCGAACUGCCGAAGCUGUCAACCACUCGGCCGAAUCAACUUUUACAACUACAACGUCAAUGUCACCCACCACCACGGCUACAACGUCUCGACAACAUAUUAAUAACCGCUCACCGGCUCAACAGAUCAAAUCGAAGAUUCUAAAUGAACGUCCAAAUGGCAUUGGAGAUUUGUAUUCGGGCGGUUCGAGUAGUUCCGACAACGAUGGUGUAAAUACUUCCUCUUCCUCGUCGGCCACCGCUUUAAGGCGUUUGUAUUUCAAAAGUGGUCGUAGCACUAAAACGAAAGCCAAUACGAAUAAAUCUUCCAUGUCUAUGACCCAAAUAACGAAAAAUGCCAUUUGUACAGCUGCCGUGCUGUAUCAUUCUUCGGUGGAAGGUACCCUAGGCGCCGCUGGUAAUACGUCCAAUAGUAAAAGUGUUCCCAAGGUUGUUGUAAUGGGUUCUUCCACUGCUUCGGCGAGCGAUACGAUUAUUAAUACAUCCACUGACUCAGCAUCGACUAUGAUUACGAAUGUUACCCAUACAGAUACAUCAGAGACCUGCGAUUCUUUAGAUUUAGUUGAAUGUGUUUCAGGUGAUAAUUCGGGUCAAAGUGAGCCAUUAUUUAGUUCCUUGGAAGAGCCUUUGCUAACCGCCAUACAAGUUGAUUCCGAACAAGAAGGUACCGAAAUCGAGUUGACCAGUUGCUCAUCAUAUUCACGACCCGAUAUGAAUUUACAGGAAAGUACUGAGAGUCAAGAGUCCUGUCUAUCCAUCUUAACGGGUGAGCCAUCUUCGACUACACCGCUAUUGUCAUCACACCGAAAACAUUCGCCUAUAAGUACUGGUUAUGGUGAUAAAGAGCGUGAACGCGAACGUGUGCCUAAUACGGCUCCCGCCCCCACAAGUGGCGGUAAGCACUUUACAUUUGACAAACCACAAUCCCCGAAAUCCCAACAGCAGCAGCAACAACAACGUUUGUCGAAAUAUAUGGAUGAAGGACAAACAUAUGACAAAUGUAAUUCCUCGAAUGAAAGAUUACCAACACGUACCUAUCCCUCGCAAAAGAGCAACAAUACAACUGGAGUUACUAACGCUGAUGUAACACUUUUUAAUAGCAGUAAAAAGUCACGAAACGAAACAGCUGAACGCAAUCGUUAUUCAAUGGCAGCCACUGCAACACACAAAACUAGUCCGAAACGUGAGCGACGACGUUCACCUUCAUCAUCAACGUCCAAAGUCAAUUCAGCUCCGCCCACAAUGAAGGAUAGCAACUUUUUCGGUAGCAACUCUUCACCGACCAGACUCAAUAACAAACAACUCUCGCCUACCUCGCAGAGCUCAGGUCAACGUAAAUAUUCCUCCAGUUCUUCAUCCGGUGGCAGUGAGCGCUAUAAAGACGGCAUACUAUUUCCCUUCGAUCGUGAGGCUAUCGACUAUGAACGCAUACAGCGUGAAUGUUUUGCAUUAAAGGAACACUCUAGUUCCUCAACCACUACCAGCGAUUCAGAUGAACCGGAACCCUGUUCGGUUUAUGAAAGAUCGAAGGCUACAAUUUCACCCAAACCCACUGAAUUCUAUAAACAAUACAGCUUACUCUCGCAAAAGGAACAGCAGCAGCAACAACAUUCACAAACAUCAUCUCGUAAAAAUUCUAAACGCUUACGUUCCGAUUCUUUAGCACAAAAGUAUAUACCCAAAUCGGAUGCAUUUAGUCCUAAAUCAAAAACCAGCUCUCCCACCCACAAUGCCCAUCAUUCGCCCAACUCGCAAAUAGAAUUAAAUAAAUUCGAGGAUAUCGCCUCGAAAUUUGAUCAAAUGCCACCAAAACAUGGUUCGAUUGUCAAUCUAGCCACAAAAACCACUAGCCCUCUGUCCAGCUGCGGUCAAAUAUCGAAUUUGAAAAACAACAACAACAAUUACAUGAGCAACAACAAUAUUGAGAGCAUAUCAUCAAAUGCUAGUAGUCCUAGUAACUCACGUAGCACCACACCACCGCUGCCCAAUCUACGCGUUGACUUUUUCAUGGAAAAGUCAACGCAAUCGCGCAAAAAAUCAUUUAAAAAUAAACCAAAAACAGCCUCAGCCAUCGAGGAAGUGGAUACGAUCACAACAGCAAAUACAGCACACGACUUUUUGGGUGACUGCCAAUAUGUAGUAGGUAGUAGCAAUGUUUCAGCAGCGGCUAAUGUUGUCAUUAAUUCAGGUGGCCCUAUUAACGUAACAGCCAAUCCAAUGGAGGUAGCCGCUGUCUGUACGCAACCGAGAGCAACAAUUGUCGUCCAACAAUUCAAUGCCCAAAACACAAUACUAUACACUUAA